GUCUGUGGGAGGGGAGGUAGUUAGACAGAACGACCAGGUAGCUCGCCGCGCGUGCAUGUUGUCCACGUCCCUGGCGCGCACGCGCGGGUCGCAGCACCAACAGCUGGAGAGCCCCGGAUCCGAGGAGUGCGCACAUGUCCGCGGGGGUCUGCGCGGGUGUGGCCCAUGCCAACAGCUCCACCUGGUCCAGGUGGCUACCCUGUUGCCUCCUGGCCCUGUCCCCAGGGUGUCAGCACCCUCCUCUGUCACCCCACCACACCUCAGCAAAACUUUCCCCUCGCCUCCCCAAUUGAAACUCCGCUGCGUCGAAGCUGCCGCAAACCGCCCUGGCCCUAGCCAACAAGGUUCUGGCCAUCCCUGCAGCACAGCUAGGAGUUAGGAAGGUGAUGUCCUAAAGCCGUGAGUGUCCUAAACCAGGUGCGGCGGGGGGGAGGGGCCGGAGGUUGUGAGCAGGGGGAGGAGGUGACUGGAGCAUUUAGACACAAGCGAGAGGAUCAAGGCGGAUGGCCCCAGGUGUAAGCGCAGAAAGCAGGCGAAUCCUCUGCGCAAUAAAGAGUUUUUCUGUAUUGUUUUGGAGGCUGUCGGUCCAGCCUGGCCUGGAACUCACAGAGAUCUGCCUGCCUUUAAUCCCAGCACUCAGCAGGCAGAUCAAGAAGAGUGAAAACCCUUCUUGAAGGAGGUGGAUAUCUAAGAAAAGAGUCUGACAGCCCCUAGAGCCAGAACCCUAAUUUCUUCCUCGGCUUCCAGUAAUUGCCCGGGUUCCCACAUGCUCUUGGCCUUCACUGUGGAAAUAGCACCCACUUCAUUCAGAGAUCUCAAGGCUUUUGAAAGAAGACUUACUGAGUAUAUUCAUUGCUUACAACCUGCCACUGGACGCUGGAGAACAUAUUGCUUGCAGACAGUUAUUGAAGAUAACCCAGAACUCCUAAAGUAUAUGGAUGCAGCACUGCAUGUGCUGGAGUCUGCUUUGCUUUGUCCUGCUACCUCUAUGGAAUACAUUGUGCUAAAGACACUGGUAGCAGGGUUUCUCUAUAGCUUUGGAGCCUGUCCUGGAACUCACAAAGAUCUGCUUGCCUCUGUAUCUCCAGUGCUGGGACUAAAGUCUACUGACAAGGAACUGAGAGACAUCAUGGCAUUGCUGGCAGCUCAGCAGACUGCUCUGGAAGUUAUUGUCAACAUGUGCUGCAGUGAAGCAGGAGGAAUGCCCCAGAUCUCACCAACAGUGGUGUUCCAGAGACAAUGAAUGACCUGAUAACAUGACAAUAACUAACUUGGAGGAGGAAAGGGGUCAUUUCAGUUUAUACCGGAAGCCAAAGCAGGAGCUGAAGACAGGAAGCUUACGGUAGGAAGUCAGGCAGAGACCAUGGAAGCUGACCACUGUUUACUGAUUCUUUUCUAGGCUCACGUUCAGGCAAACUUCAAAUUGACAUAAUUAACAAAAGAACAAAAGGAGUUCUAGGACCCACGAGGGCUAAAGGAUUAAAAAAUUAAAAUGUUGAAAAUGUUACAUCAGUUCCUAACUGAAGGAGACUCAUCUGACAGCAAGGAAUAGGGAAGGCAAAACUGGGCCAAAGGGCAGAAAAUGGGGCAGGCAACAUGGGGCAUGAUGGCUUUGUGUGUCAUCAGGCACAACCAUGAUGAAACGUUUCGAUGAAACGAUUCACAUGUCCUCUGGUGCACAUGUUUCCACUGAGAAAGUUACAAAGAAGUAACUCUUGCCACUGCUUCUGGAGUCACUAAAGUCAUCUUCUGUGCCUGGUGGUGCUAACCCCCCACCCCCACCUCACCCUUGUAGAUAGCAGUGGGGGUUAGGUGGCAUUUGCCUCAGAAGGAAAGUCAGGCAAAGGGUAAUGUGACUGGCAGGUUUUAGGAAAGUGCACGUGGAGACUCAACCUGUGUAGUCUCAAGGGUUCCUAAGCAAAUGCUGCUUGGCUAUUCAGUGCCUCUGUUGUUUGAAGGCUACAAUAGGCUGAGAUAGUUCAGGGAUCAGGUUUUGCACAUAGGCAGUUAAGCAUGGUUAGAAUGCCUGAUCUGUCACAGUUGUCUGACUUAUGCUGUCCCAGUGGUAGGAUUGUCUGUGUUUAGAAGCGUUGCUAGGUGAUGGUGGGAUGGAAUACCGGUGCUACUGGGAUUCUACCCUACAGGGCUUGCCUGUAGGUGCUUUGCCGUAGUCGUGAGUGCUGGUGGCAAAACUUACUUGCUGUUUUAUUCAUAUCAGUAUCACUGUGUUUUCCCUGAGGGGGAACAAAAGCCCACAGGGGGGAGGGCAGGGAUGUAGGGGGUGGGUAGGGAGCUCCGAAAUGAAGAAGUUCCUGACCUGCUUCGGUCAAAGGCAGUCUUCUUCCGACUCAUCCACCAGCCAGAGGCCUCGGUUUCAGAACAGGGCUUCUACUCCCUGCCCCACCACACAGAUCCCAAAGUCCAAAGCUCGCAGAAAGUUCCACACAGUACGUGAGCUUGGGUGAUAUUACAGAGGUUCAGUUCAGACUCGAGACUUGGAGAAAUGGUGCUAAUGACCAAGACAGGAACAACAGGUGACUGGGGCUGGGAGUCAGUGUCAAAGGGCAGGCUGGGAGGCACAUGGAGAAAGAAAAGUCAACUUCCCUAACUAGCCUGGAGAACCAGGGUGAGGAAGGGACUGCCAUGGCUUCCAGUGGUGGUGUCUAGAGUGUUGAUCUUUGUCAUGAGGCCAUCUUGAUAACCAAAGGUGGCAAUCUCUGUGCUUGGCAG